UAUAAAAAGAAGCAAGGGGAAGGAAGAACAUGAUCUGCAAUGAAAAGCUAUUCUUAAAUCCAAGGCUCCGAGUAUUGUUGCCACUGAUAUUGUGACUUUUGAAAGUGAAAGGCAAAUUUGUAAGUUUACUGGAUGCAGCAUGAAUUGCUUUGGUCUGGAUUUAAUCCCAAACAAUCUAUGAAAUCCAAACUCAACCAAUCAUAUUCAAGCAAAUUGCCAGGUGUGCCUCACUGUCCCAUACCUUUAAAACCACUCAGAUGAUGAUAUUUCCAAAAGAAGGCCAUCUCCUCCCUUCUCUCUCUCCCCUCCAAAAACCAUGCCAUUAGCAGCAGCAGCUUUGCAGUCAUCUCUGUGCUUCUCUUCUCAUAAUCCUCCAUCAUCAUCAUCUACUGCCUCCAAUUCCCAGGCAUUAAACACAAGCACAAACACCCAAUUGCCUGCAAAACCCAAAAGCCUCCUCCAAAAGCACCCUCUCUACACACCCACCCACACCAAACUCUCCCUCCAAUUCAAAGAGAAAAUCCUAUGCCUUGAAAUCAUGGGAGUUGAUGCAGGCAAGGCACUCUCCCAAAACCCUUCUCUCCACACAGCCUCUCUUCACUCCAUCCACUCCAUAAUCUCCUUCCUCCAAUCCAAAGGCAUCCACCAAAAGGACCUGCCCAAGAUCUUUGGAAUGUGCCCCAACAUUCUCACCUCCAGCAUCAAAAGUGACCUCAACCCAGUUUUCAUCUUCCUCUCAGAAGACCUCAAAGUCCCAGAACACAGCUUCAGAAAGGUCAUCAACAAGUGCCCCAGAUUGCUUGCUUGCAGUGUAAUAGACCAGCUCAAGCCAGCUCUGUUUUAUCUUCAGAGACUUGGGUUCAAGAACCUGGAUGCCCUGGCUUACCAUGACUCUGUGCUACUGGUUUCAAGUGUGGAGAAAACCCUAAUCCCCAAACUGGAGUUUUUGCAGAGCUUAGGUUUCCCAAGAGAUGAGGCUGUUGGGAUGGUGCUGAGGUGUCCUGGACUGCUAACUUUCAGCAUUGAGAAUAACUUCAAGCCAAAGUUUGAAUACUUUUCUGUGGACAUGGGGAAGAAGUUGGAGGAGCUGAAGCAAUUUCCUCAGUACUUUGCUUUCAGCCUGGAGAAGAGGAUAAAGCCAAGGCACAUGGAGGUUGUGCAGAGGGGAGUGGAAGUGCCUCUGCCAUUGAUGCUCAAGAGCACUGAUGAUGAGUUCAGGGAGUUGCUGGGGGAAUUUGGGGGUGGAUGAGAUGAGCCAGCUCUGCCAAUUUGUGCUCUCUUUUUUCUCUCCUUGCAAAUCUUCUGACUGUCUACUUUUUUAUUUUGUUUUACAAGGUCAUCUUAGAUUGUGUAUUUGCACAGUUUGGAUAAUUUUUAAAG